GGGGUGGACAACAGAGGAAGAGGUUUUAAUUCUGUGGUGUGCGUACAUCGUUCAGAUCUUACUGCCGAUAGAUGAUGAACCAGAAACCACUGCUGCACUUACCGAAGGUGAAUCCUCAAGUGACGGUGGAGAUGAUUCUGGGGUUGAAAUGAUAGAUGCCAGAACCGAAAAAGAAACAAAUCCCAGAGCCCCACCACAAGCUGAUACCUCGGAGGCCCUCAUCACAGUUUGGGACUCUACAGCAACGGGGCCACCCAGCUGUUGCGAUAUGAAUGAAAAUUCCCGGCGAGACGAACACAAAGUCUCUGUCAGCCCAGCAAGCGGUGAUCCGGUGUUCGGGCGAGAUUUUGGCGACCCCGAUGCUAGCUGUAAAGCCGGAAGUGACGUCGUGGUUUUAAAAUACGAGAAACCAUGGGCGGAACGGUCCCCCAUAAAACUUUCUUCGGACUCUGAAAAUGAAAAUGAAGUGAAGCGUGAGUCUCAACAUGUAAAGAAACAAAAAGACUUGGAUGGCGAGGCAAAUGCUAAUGAAAAUGCUCUGACGUCACCAAGUAGGAGGACAUUGGGGGGUACUCUCUUGAACCAUCCGUCGGGAUCUGCCGACGAUGUGCCCCCGGAGGAAAACAAGGUGCCUAGAAAGAGGAGGCUGCCUCCCGUCUCGCCAGACAGGAAGCGGAAUAGGAAAACACAAAACACAAGGCCUGAAGGCGAAGCCCAUCUUUUGUUUUCUGGGGCCGUCAUCCCGCAGACUGUGCAGCGGCGUGUGGAUCUCGUAUACAAGCCUCACUCAAGCAGAGCCACGGGGUGUGUAUUACGGCUGCCGGAUCGACGGCUCGAACUGGAGAAACGCAAGCGUGCGACAAAACGACAAGAACCGCGACAGGAACGCAAUGUGACCAUCGUGACGACCGACCCGCCUCUUGUUGAUGAUGACAGCUUCUUUCAUAUCAUGCUGUUUUUAGUGGCGCUAUUAACUCAGUGUAUGGUUCUGUUUCGAUUGCAUUAGUCCUUGACGCUGGUGGUCGAAAAAUCUGUGUCGCGAUACUUGUUGACACCGAGGCUUCCAGGUCUUUAAAGAAACGCGUAAGAAAGGGAAAGAACCCAAGCUCGUUUGGCCAGUCUUUAUUUUAUUUCCCAGGUUAAGUUUUCACCUUACGUUGCACCCUGGAAAACCUACCCUGGCAAUCUACCCUUACAAUCUACCCUGGCAAUCUACCCUCGCAAUCUACCCUGGCAAUCUUCCCUUACAAUCUACCCUUACAAUCUACCCUGGCAAUCUACCCUUACAAUCUACCCUGGCCAUCUACCCCUACCCUGGCCAUCUACCCUUACAAUCUACCCUGACCAUCUACCCUUACAAUCUACCCUCUAAAUCUACCUUUAAAAUCUACCCUGGCAAUCUACUCUUAUAAUCUACCCUGGCAAUCUACCCUUACAAUCUACCCUGGCAAUCUACCCUGGCAAUCUACCCUUACAAUCUACCCUAGCAAUCUACCCUUAUAAUCUACCCUUACAAUCUACCCUGGCAAUCUACCCUGGCAAUCUACCCUUACAAUCUACCCUAGCAAUCUACCCUUAUAAUCUACCCUUACAAUCUACCCUGGCAAUCUACCCCGGCAAUCUACCCUUACAAUCUACCCUAGCAAUCUACCCUUAUAAUCUACCCUUACAAUCUACCCUGGCAAUCUACCCUAGCAAUCUACCCUUAUAAUCUACCCUUACAAUCUACCCUGGCAAUCUACCCUUACAAUCUACCCUCUAAACCUAACUUGCAACCUUACCCCAGAAAAAGACCACCCCGUUCUACCAUGAAAACCCAACCCUGACAACCUAUCCUCGGAAUCAACCUUGACAACGUACCUUCUUUACCUACCAUAGAACACCCUAAGCUACCCUCACAACGUCCCUUACAAGCGACCCUAACGAUUCACCCUGGCAGCCUACCCCCACAAUUCACCCUUACAAUUCACCCUUAAAAUUCACCCUUACAAUUCACCCCCACAAUUCACCCUUACAAUUCACCCUUACAAUUCACCCCUACAAUUCAGCCUUACAAUUCACCCUGACAAGCUGCCCUCAUAAACCAACCUGACGCUGCCCACGCCACAUGGGUUAUCUUAACUGUGGACAGGGACCACUUUCUGUAAAAUAAGCUUGUUUCGGGAAUCCGAAAAACUUUAAAAUCUUUCUUCACGGUAUUAAAUUUCUCAGUGAUUCACCUCUUAGGGCCCGUGUAGUGUGGUCUCUAUUUGUUUCAGACCUAGAUCACCU